UCCACCAUCAUGGUGUUCCAAGCGCUGGCCCAGUACCAGGUGUCAGCCCAACACGAGAGUGACCUCAACUUGGACGUGUCGCUGCUGCUGCCACGAAGAGCCAGCGCCCUCACCUACCGCAUCGAGAACCGCAACGCCCUGGUGGCACGUUCUGCUGAGACCAAGUUCAACGAGGACUUCACGGUGAAGGCCGAGGGUGUGGGCAAGGGGACGAUGACAGUGGUGACGGUCUACAACGCCAAAGUCCCCGAGAAGGAGAACAAGUGUGACAGCUUUGACAUGAGGGUGGAGGUGGAGGAAGUGAGGGAUGGCAAGGAAGACGACGAUGUCAUCAGCAGCGUCAAGAUCAAGAUCUGUGCCAGGUACCUGGGCAAGGUGGAUGCCACCAUGUCCAUCAUCGACGUCUCCAUGCUCACAGGCUUCACACCUGACAUUCAGGACCUCAAGAGGCUGACGGAUGCGGUGGACAAAUAUGCCUCCAAGUUCGAGAUCGACCAGGGAGAGGAAGAUCGGAGCAACGUCGUCAUCUACGUCGACAAGAUCUCGCACAAGGUCGAGGAGUGUUUUGCCUUCAAGGCUCACCAGCGUUUCCAGGUGGGCUUGAUCCAACCUGCAGCUGUCACCAUCUACAGCUACUACAAGAUCGAUGAUCGCUGCACCAGGUUCUACCACCCAGACAAGGAGGGUGGCAAACUGAGCAAGAUCUGCCAGGGGGAGGUGUGCCGCUGCGCUGAAGAGCAUUGCUUCAAGCGGCACGAGGAGGACGUCCCGGUCGAUGUCCAGGAACGCAUCCAGAAAGCCUGCGAGCCCGACGUGGACUACGUGUACAAGGUGAGGCCAGUGGCACUGGAGGACACACCAUCCCACAUCAACUACAUCAUGAGCAUCAUCUCCGUCAUCAAGAUGGGCACCGACGAGAACCCGGCAGGGAGCAACAGAACCUUCGCCACCCACCAGAAGUGCCGAGACACUCUAGGCCUCAAGAUGGGCCAGGACUACCUGAUCUGGGGCUCAGCCAGCGACCUCUGGGCCACCAAGAACCGUUUCUCCUACCUCAUCGGCAAGGACACGUGGCUGGAGCCGUGGCCAUCGGACGACGAGUGCCAGGACGCAGGUGUCCAGGAGCUCUGCCUGGACUUCGUCCGUUUCUCCCGGUCCAUGACCCUCUUCGGGUGCCCAAACUGA